AUGGACACUAUUGAGAAGCCAGAGUUACAGCCCAUAUCUGGUGCAUUUGAGGAGCUGACGGGUCCAACUUUCUCGGAAGAAAACGAGUCGUUACCUGACUUUGGGAAUAUAGAGCUGAAUGAAUUGGAAAAUGAGAAAAAUUCAGAAUCCCCAGAACCACAAGAAAAUCAAAAACCACAAGAACAACAGUCAAAAUUGGACCGAGAAGAAACUAUUAUACGGAGAUUACGGGAUAUUCCACUAGACAAACUAAAAGAAAUUCUUACUAACCAGUUGGAUCUUGAGAUUCGCUUGAAACAUCAUGAAUUGAAACUCAGUGAGGCUGAAUUGAGCAAAAUAGAGUCUCAGAUGAUUGUACUUCGAAAGUUUUUUGAAAUUCCCAAUGAAGUGAAAAUCGAAGGUGAACCAAGCGAGUUCACGUUAAAAUAUUUUGACAUUCUCAACAAAUCACUAAAUGUCACGUAUAAUGAUCUCAAGAAACAGCAGCUGUUAGUAAAUGUAGAUAGUACAGCUUUUGGUCUUUUCAAGCCAGACUAUAUGGGAGACAAGUCUGAUGUAUUUCUGGGAGAUUUGGCAUCUGGUGGCCAUUCUUAUCGUACUAGAUCUACAACUUCGUCAUUGAGACCUACCCAAACCUAUACUGGAGCGUCCGCUCCUGGAAACUAUAGCUCAGUAAAGUUUAACCAGAAUUUGGGCUGUUUGUACCGCAGAACCGAUGGAAUAAUUGUCAAAUUGACAUGUCCCGAUUGUCAACGAAGUAACUUCUCUUCAGCCCAAGGAUUCUUGAACCAUAGUAGAAUAGCCCAUUCUAAAGAGUACACUUCUCAGGAUGCAGCAGCUUUGAAAUGCGGAGAAAUCAUCCCGGAAGUCAAACAAGACGCCGAAGGUGAACUCAGCUUGCUGAAACUCAAAGAGAAAGGCAUAGAUCCUAACAAAAAUCUCAAUGUCAACGAAAUCUACUUCAACGGUUUGAGCAACAGCUUGAACACGGUGCACAACUCAGCACAAUCCUCUAGUAGAAAAAACUCGUCACCUUCAUCUUCUAAUGAAUGCGCUAAGGCAGCUGAGGAAACAAGUUCCAUCUGUAACGAAAUAGCAAGAUCGGUGAGCGUUGAGUCUCUCGCAACUUCUGCAACACCAGAAGCCGUUCCUCAGCAGAAUUCAAAAAAUCAAGCAGAAAGCGAAUUGCUAAAAAAACUCAUAAAAGAAGGAAAGAUGAAGAAAGAAGACUUUGAGCAAUUUGUCUCAGAGACUCGAAAACCAGUGGCAAAUUCUCAUCUCUUCGAAAACGAAGUAGAAGAAGAAAAUGACUCAGAAACUUCAGCAGUUUCAACUCCUGCUGUUACAAACUCGAGGACCAAAAUGAAACGACGUCAAUCACGUGGAGGCAUAAAUAUCUCCAUAACAAGAGGAGACUCGGGACUCGAAAUCGAAGACGUAGAUGAAGACGACUUCGACGAAAAUACGGAAAACAAAGAGCCAACGGACAAAAAGGAUACGAAACGUAGACGCAAAAGCUAA